AUGACUUCUCCAGUAACUGGAGCAGCUCGCCAAAGUCCCAGAGCGGCGAAAGAGGCCCUAGGCAUCGCAGAAGUGCUCGAAAAUAUCCUCCACAAUCUAACCCUCGCAGAUAUCCUUUGCAACGCACAAACGGUCUCGCCUUUCUGGAGGAACUGCAUCACCGGCUCGCGCAUCCUGAGGCGCAAAUGUCUCUUGCUUCCCUCAACCACCGACGACUACACUGCCGACAACAUCCUCUACAUGAACUUCUCAUGCCCCAUAGCCGCUUAUCAGGACAUUCAUCCUCGUCAAAUCGCCGUAUUCCAGUACUUUAUAGAGAGUCCACGCCCUGUUCUUCUUCAAAUCAGAGGAUUCCUGGACAGGGCUGUGCAUACACAUUUUGACGACUAUCUCACAUUUAUGGCUACGAUGUACAGGACCAGCCCGAAUGAACACCAUCACUUUGAUAUCAACAGCGGGAUCAGGUAUAAAUUCUGGGCCGCUAUGACUCAGGUUCGUGCGGAUGUCGCACAUCCCUUCAUACGCAGGUAUAUGUGGGCGCCACAGCAAUGCUUCUGGACCGGCUAUCGUAAUCGUCUUGUUCUCCUGGUGUUUGACGUUGACAAGCCCAUCACAGGAGACUUUAUCGCUCUGCAGAAAAUUCUUACCACGUUGAAGCAAAUGAUCAGAGAUUGUCCAACGAUCAGCUGUUUAGACGCGCCACUGACUCGGCCCGCUGCAACUACACUGACAUUAUCUCUACAGCGACCGACAAGUAAUGCGUACAAUGAGGGACUUGCACGCACUUAUUGUAAGGAGCGGGAUACGGGCGUCACGAUUAGGGACAUGCUUUUGCUACUAGCGAGGGUGGCGAUUUCGUUGUUUGAGGGAUAUACGGAUCCGCAUCGACCGCUUACUAUGGAUACUACAAGGCUAAUGAUUGCAUGCGCUCGGAGUCUUCAGGCGUUGCUGAAAUAA